AUGGAGGCGGUUAAGCAGAAUGGCGGUGCAAUAGAAUUUACGUCUGAUGAGCUAAAGAGAGACAGAGAAAUAAUAAGUGAGGCUGUUAGAAAAGAGGGAAACGCACUUUUGCUUGCAUCUGAAGAGUUUAGAAAAGACAGAGAAUUGCUUAUUGAAGCCGUUAAGCAAUAUGGAAGGGCAUUACAAUGGGCGCCUAAAGAAUUUAAAAAUGAUAGAGAAAUUGACUUGUUUGCAGUCAAGGAAUAUGGAUCAGCAAUUGACUAUACUUCUAGUGAAUUGAAAUGUGAUAGGGAAUUUGUUUUACAAGCUGUUAAACUAAAUGGAAUGGCACUUCAAUAUGUAUCUUUUGGAUUGAGAAAUGAUAGAGAAAUAGUAAUGGAAGCUGUCAAACAAAAUGGAUGGGCGCUUGAAUGUGUAUCAAGAGAAUUAAGGAAAGACAGAGAAAUUGUUGUCGAGGCUGUUAAACAAAAUGGAACUGCUCUUGAAUAUGCACCAGAAGAAUUGAGAAAUGACAGGGAAAUUGUGUUACUAGCUAUCAACCAAAAUAUUUCUUCAUUCAAAUAUGUAUCAGAUGAAUUGAGAAAUGACAGAGAAAUUGCAAUGCUAGCAGUUAAAAAAGACGGAUAUGCCAUUGAAAAAACUUCUAGUGAAUUGAGAAAUGACAGAGAAAUUGUCACAGAGGCAGUUAAACAAAACGGACUAUUGCUUAGUGAGGCAUCAGAAGAAUUGCGAAAUGAUUGUGAAAUUGUAUUGCUUGCUUUUAAAAAUAAUGAGAGUUCACUGGUAUAUGCAUCUGAAGAAUUGAAAGCAGAUGGAAAAUUCAUUCAACUUCUUCGAAGUUAUUUAUUUGAAAAGCAGCCUUAUGAACUUCCAGGUUAUGCUGCUCCAUCAACAUUGAUAAAAUUCUCCACAGGAAAACAAUAUAGGAACAUGAUGGAAAAUUCCUUCCGAGAUGUUGUUUGUAAAUUUAGGGAGUAUUCGUUCUUGAUCAGAGAAAAAUCUUUUUAUGAUUAUUUAAAGCCUGAAUUUAUGCAACAAUAUAAAAUUGAGAGAAAUUUGAGUUUAUUUGUGAGUGAGAUUUGGAGCGGAACAUCGGCUACGUGUGUUAGGGGAGGAUCUGGUUUAAAUCCGUAUGUUCUUGUUGUGCCAAGAUUGGAGUUGGUGGAACAGGUGAUUAGAGAUUAUUUGGAAUGGUGGAGAUCGAAUGAUUUGUUUAACUCUGUAAAAUAUUGGAAUGAUUUUGAUAUAUUUAGAAUAGCAGAUUCGAAUACAGAUGGAAGAGGUGAAUUGAAAAGUGUUUUUGAAAUGACGUGUUUUACUUUGGAGGAAGGGGAGUAUGUUAAAAACAUUUCAGAUAAGGGUUAUUUUGAAAUGACAUUCUUGACUAAUUUAGGACAUUUUUAUCACAUUAUUCAAGAUAGAAAUGGUGGGAAGAAUAUAAUUACAAAAUCAGCUGAAUUAUUUACUGGACUAGCAGUUGGUGGAUCAUUUUGGAUUGGGUGGACAAGUACUAACCUUUUUCUAUUUGGACAUAAUUUUUACAUUCAUAUGCAAAACAGGAAAGCAAGCAUACCUAGUGAAAUUCUAUCAAUUGAUGAUGUUAGUUGCGGAUGGGAUAAUAUAUUUAUUGUGGCCAAUUCUAGGAAAGAUGUAUUUGGAUUUGGCAGAAAUUUUGGGUCUUUUUUCACUCCAAACCACAAACAAACACCAAAUAUAGUUCAAAUUCCACUCGACAAAUUAAAACUCCCAGAAGAAACCAUUCAAAAGGUCUCCGCAGCAGAUGAAGCAGCUGUAAUUUUAUUGGAUUCUGGAAAUUUAAUCAUUAAUAAUUAUGCACUGAAUCGAACUUCUUUUAGUAUUUUUUCUAGUAAAUUAUGGACUAGAAUUGAUGCUGCCAAAACUUUGAACAAAUUUCAAGACUCGAGAAUUAUUGAUGUUGGAGUUGGAAGAUCCAAAAUUUCUGUACUUACUUUCAAUCAUUGCAUUUCAGUGUACUCAUUGGAUUUUACAUUGGAAUUUGAAACCAAAUUACACAUAUCCUGUUCCUUAGAUUAUCCUCUAUUUGUUAUGAAUAAGACAAAGAUUGUGGAUGAAAGCAAGAAAAGAAUAGUUCAAGAAUCAUUUAAUCCCUCCCUCAUUUUCAACCCAACAAUCAUACAGGCAGAAGAGAGUGUUCAAGUAUGGUAUCAUGCUCAUAAUCCAAUCGAUUUAUUUCAAUCAGAUUAUAGACGAAAUAUGAUUUCCUCUUCACUCCACUUUUCAGAUUUACAAUUCAACUUUGUUUAA